AUGCCAGACCCGAGGAUGCUUGACCGGAGGAUGCCAAACCCGAGGAAGCCUGACCCGAGGACGCCUAACCCUAGAAUGCCUGACCUGAGGACUCUUGACCCUAGAAUGCUUGACCCAAGGACGCCUGACUCGAGAAUGCCUGACAUAAGGACGCUUGACCUUAGAAUGCCUAACCCGAGGAAGCCUGACCCGAGGACGCCUAACCCGAGAAUGCCUGACCUGAAGGUGCUUGACCCUAGAAUGCCUGAACCGAUGACGCCUGACCUUAGGAUGACUUACUGGAAAAUGCCUAACCCGAGGAUGCCUGAUCCCAGAACGCCUGACCCGAGGAUGCCUAACCCGAGGACGCCUGACCCGAGGAUGUCUUACUGGAGAAUAUGCCUGACCCGAGGUUUCCUAACCCGAGGAUGCCUGACCCGAGGACGCCUGACCCGAGGAUGUCUUACUGGUGAAUAUGCCUGA